AUGUCCUCGAAGCAGACAGCGAAGCGGACGCUGGUGUUCGUGUACGGAACGCUUAAGACGGGGUUGUACAACUACACGAUGUACCUGAAGCCAGCCAUUGAGUUGGACAAGGCUUCAUUCGUCGCUGCCGCUCGAACUUCCAAGGAGGAGUUCCACAUGGUGCUGGAUGACCAGGCAUUCUACCCGUGUCUCUACCGAGCGCCGAAGGACGAGGGCUACCGAGUGCUCGGCGAGGUCUAUAGCGUCGAAGAUGACACGCUGGCAGCUCUGGACGUCCUGGAGGAAGUGGAUGACGAUCUCUAUGCACGAGACGAGAUCGACGUGGACUUGUUGGAUGGAGAGCGCAAGGGAGAGACCGUAUCCUCCCUAGUGUACCUCAUGCCGGUCAUCGAAGACUUGCCCAGGCUCGAACGCAUCACAAACUACACGACAGCGAUGAAUGCUAAGUACGAUGAGCUCAUGGGCGAUCCCCAGCUCGAGAUCUUGGAGUGUAUCUACGGGAAAGAAGUCACACAAGCCGUGGAAUCGAAAGUGAAGGAAGGAAUAGAAUUCGCAGAUGCCUGGAAGUUGGUGGUCGAAGCGUAG